AUGAGCGACCCGACGUCCAGCUCGAGCGAGAACGAGGCUGCGCCGCCGCGCGCUGUCGCCGGCAGUGGAGCAUCGCUGCCGGAUGCGAUGUCUCGGCCGCCAUUGCCCUCAGCGCCGCCUGCAGAAGCAAGCGCGCGGUCCCAGGCCCGGCGGUCUUUGCUUGCAACCGCCUCGUCCAGCGCCGUGCCGUCCAGCGUCGACAUGGCGCUGCCGUAUGCAGAUGCCUCUGGUGUCCUUGAAGCGGUCGCUAUCCCAAGCUCGCUCGGACAGGCGGCAGCGACCAGCAAUGCCACGCUGCCUCGCUCGCCCACCGCGAUACCGAGCGCUGUCACACUUCAGCCGCUUGCUCUCAGCCCCGACAUCAUCGUCAUCGAGUCGUCGGUCGACGAAUGUGCCUCCAGCCAAGAGGAUGUCGUGGCGAGUCUCGUCGUAGAGCCGGCGCCGGCCAGUGACGACGUGGCGCCCAAGGAGUCCGGUCGUCCAAAGCCCGUUAGCAGUGUAUGCACGCCGCUGCAGGACGCGAUCGUCUUUGUCCCCGAGUGCGUUCCGGACGAAGCGCUCUGCAUCAGCGAGGGCUGGUGCUCGAUCUGCAACGGCGGCGACAGCCAGAAGGACGAUCUGAUUGUGUUUUGCGACCGGUGCGGUAUCCCAGUGCACCAGAGUUGCUACGGCAUUGCGUCGGUGCCGUCGGGCGAUUGGUUUUGCCACCGCUGCGUCGAGCUCAAAGACACAACGAUCCCGAGCAAUGCGAUGGUGUGCUACCUCUGCCAGCGCUACGGCGGCGCCAUGAAGCCGCUGCGAACGCUCUCGCCCAAGGGCACACAAGCCUGGGCCCACGUGCUCUGCGUGUGGUGGGAUCCAGACGUGCUCAUCGAGGACAUGGUGCGCAUGGAGCCGCUCUCGGUCGUGCACGCUCCGCUCGCCGAGCGCCGACAGUCGCCGUGCGUCCUCUGCAACCGCAGCGAAGGCUGGCGCAUCAAGUGCCAUUGGACCCACUGCAACGCGUACUUUCACGCGAUCUGCGCGCGCAUUGGCGAGGCCAACCGCAUCCAAAAGCACCGCACACCGGUGUACAGCAAGCUCAACGGCGCGCGUGGCCGCGGCGGGCUGCUCCAGCUCGACAUGGACGAGGUGCCCCGGGUCGCGUACCAUGCGUACUGCGAUCGCCACGCCCACUGUGAGUUUGCCCUCGACGAUCUCUGCGAUAAGCUCGUUGCGUCCGACCUCGUGCACGACGCCAAGGCGCUCGCCCGUCUCGACGCGCUUCGCACCUCGAACGGCGACGUCGACAAGUUCCUCAAGUCGGUCGCCAAGGCGCUGGUCCGCGUUGCCGAAGCCGGCGCGUCGACGGCCGGCGACGCCAAAGAGUAUGAGAAGAGUCAUCUCCAAGCCGUCCAGCUCGUGCUUGACCAUUUGCCUCAGAUCCACACCACGUACCCCGCCUGCUCAUUGCACGCGCACGACCUCGUGCCCGAGAGCCUCCUUGAAGCACUGAGUCAAACGUUUCUCGACGGGUCCCCGGACCCGUUUCUGCAGUGCCACACGUGCGAGGCGGCGAUGCACCGCAGUGAGAAGAUGUGGUAUUGCGACAACCCGACAGGGCCGCACGCCAACCACUGGAACUGUCUGCGCCAGCGCAAGGCCCACGCGUCGAGCAAGCGCAAGCCCGAGAAGCGUCUGAAGCGCGCCGCCAAGCCCAAACCACCCGUCCCCGAUGACCCGUCGGCGCUCGUUCCGACGUACAACGACGGCGCCGUCUACUGCGGCGUGUGCGACCACAACGUCGACCUACGAGCGCUCGUGUCGGUGGCCAAGCCCAGCGACGCCACCGAGGCCAUGUCGGCAGCGGCCGUGCGCACCGUGGUCGUGCCGCCAAAGCCCGACGGACCACUGAUCAAGGCGCGCCUCGGGCCGCCGCCCAGCGAUCGGUUCCGCGUGGAGCGGGCGUCGAUCAUGUGCAACCACAUUGUCAGUCUCCUGCCGCUGCUGCAAGCGUACUAUGUGACACCACCAGACGAUGACGUGGCCGCACGCCAAGCCAUCGACGACAAGUUCGUCGCGCUCCUGAGCUACCUCAAGCCGUUCGAUGGGUAUGCCUACGGCCGCAUCGACGAGAUCUUUACGCUCUUCAAGACGCGGGGCCGCGGCCCCGGCCUCGCGAUGCUCAGGAGCCUCGUCCGCGAGUACACGCGGCUCAUGUACACCAAGCACGUCCGCGCGCUCGAGAAGGCAGCCGCCGAGAAGAAGGCCAAGGAGCUUCAAGACGCGGCCGAGUUCAAGCGUGUCGGCGAGGACGCGGCGCUCAAGGACCAGCUGCUCGCAAUGAAGAAGAAGGAGAAGGCGCGCGAGCGCAACCUCAAGCGCAAGCUCGAAUCCGCGAGCAAACUCGCCAACAAAAAGGUCGCCUAA